AUGGGGUUAUUCAGCUGGAUGAAAGGAGCGAGUAAAAAAGAAAAGACUAGCAGCGACAAUACCAAUCUCCAAUCUCCGCAGCAGAACAGUUCUAGUUCCAGAAGCAGGGUUGGGAGCAGCAAUGGCAAGAAUGGAGUUAAUGAGGACGAUGUUGAUGAUGUUUAUGCUGGUCUGAAAGCUGCCAAAAGAAGCGGUCCACGUGGAAGCAUUUGUCAAAACCCUGCUGGUGUCUAUAAAAAUACAACCGCAAGAAAAUCAAUUGGAGAAGAAUCAUCCCAGAUGCCCAAGAAAAACUGGAGAAAAACAUCAGUCUCGAAGCCAACUGAAGAACAACUCGCUUAUCAAAAAACGAGGCAGCAAAGACCUUCUAUCGCCGAUUUGUCUUUUCAAAUGCUUGACCAUGCAAAAAUCCUCCAACAAUCGCAGGAAUUCGACCGGAAGGAAAAGCAAAAACCACCAUUGGGACAAUCUGGGUCGCUACCAAGACAAAGAGCGCCACCUGCGCCAAGAAGGUCUUCAGUGGAUGUGGGUAUGCAGUCGCAUAAUAAUCGGAUGAAGAUGAUGUCAAGACGGGGUGAAUCGAUAGAUUUGGUGACUGGCGACGACGGGCGUUUUAUCCCCUCCCAGCCUCGGAGAAGAAAAUGA